GUGUUUUUGACGCAAUCGAUACUGUUUUGGAAUUCUCAGGACAAUGGUUGCAGGAAGGAAUGAUGAAGCUAUCGCUGAGGCAUUGGCAUUGUUGGCCGGCGCCAUUGGGCAAGGUCAGCAGGCGAAUGCUGGAAACCAGAAUCAGGAUGAAUUUCGUGCUUUGGGGAAGUUUCAGAGGAACAAUCCACCAACCUUUGAAGGGGCAUACAACCCUGACAAAGCACAGGCAUGGCUGAAAGCAAUUGAGAAGAUCUUUCGAGUCAUGAAUUGUACUGAUGCGCAGAAGGUGCAGUUUGGCACCCAUAUGCUUGAGAAAGAAGCUGAAGAUUGGUGGGACAACACUGUUCAGAGGUUUGAAGGUGAUGGGAUGGAGAUUACUUGGGAUCUUUUCAAGGGUGCAUUUCUUGAGAAGUACUAUCCAGAAGAUGUGCGUGGAAAGAAGGAAAUUGAGUUUCUUGAACUGAAGCAGGGUAAUGGAACUGUGGCGGAGUAUGCUGCAAAGUUUGAGGAAUUGAUUAAGUUUUGUCCCCACUACAAUACUGCUGAAGCUGAGAGAUCUAAGUGUAACAAGUUUGUGAAUGGUUUGAGACCUGAGAUCAAGAAGGCUGUGGGCUAUCAACAGAUUGUGCGAUUCUCUGAUCUGGUUAACAGGAGUAGGAUCUAUGAUGAAGAUAGCAGGGAGAGUGCUGCUCACUACAAGUCUUUGAAAGAGAAGAAAGAAAAGGGGCAAUUCAGAGGAAAACCGUAUGGGAAACCUGCUGAUAUGAGUAAACAGAAAGCUGGUCAUGACAAGAAGCCAAGUGGGGGAGGAGCUCCUAUUCCGGUUAGGUGCUACAAGUGUGGUGUUGAAGGACAUCGUUCUCCAGAGUGUCCCAAUUCUGAGGUGAAAUGUUUCAGGUGUGGCAAGCUAGGUCACAGGUCUUAUGAUUGUAAAGAUGGCCCGAUGGUGACUUGCUACAACUGUGGUGAGCAAGGUCACAUUAGUACCAAGUGUGACAAGCCGAAGAAGGAUCAGGCGAGAGGAAAGGUGUUUGCUUUAUCUGGUGCUGAGACUACUGCUGAGGAUAGACUGAUCCGAGGUACCGAGGAUAGUGGAGCUUCUCGCGAGGGUUAGUCAGAGGAGCUAGUCUUUUAUAUAUGCUUUUAGUGAUGGGAGUCAUGCUCUAUUAUGUAACACCGGGGAAACGCUUAGUUGUACCUUGAUGUUAAGAGUUAUUUUGUGAACUCUUUUUUUUAUUUCUGGAUUAUGUUUUAUUUUGGAGUUGAAAAAUAAAUUCGCUGUGCUAUGCAUACGAUAUUAUGUCAGUAAA